AUGCUUCGGCAUUCACGUUUAUUUAAGAGUGCGUUACAACACCAAGUUUCGGAUGAGAAUUUAUCUGAUCUUUGGGAACCAUUGUCCAACCAAGGGUGGAAACCGUUUGUUGAAUCAACAGUCACUUCUUCAUCAAUGCCGGAGUCUUCCGGAUUCAUCCAAGUGUUCCUUGAUGGAGGAUUGAACCAACAAAGAAUGGGGAUAUGUGAUGCGGUUGCCAUUGCAAAAAUCCUCAAUGCAACACUCGUGAUACCGUAUCUUGAAGUGAAUCCGGUUUGGCAAGACACAAGCACUUUCGAGGAUAUUUUCGAUGUCGAUCAUUUUGUCAAUAUAUUAAAAGACGAUAUAUCGAUAAUUAGAGAGUUGCCCGAUGAAUAUGCAUGGAGCACAAGAGAAUAUUACGCUUCCGCCAUUCGAUCUACCCGAGUUAAAAACGCACCUCUUCAUGCUUCACUGAAUUGGUAUCUCGAAAAUGUCUAUCCCGUUUUAGAAAGUUAUGGGAUAGCGGCAAUUUCACCAUUUUCACAUCGAUUAGCUUUUGACAACAUGCCAAUUGAAAUCCAAAGGUUACGUUGCAAAGUGAACUUUGAAGCAUUGGUUUUUGUUCCUCAUGUUAGAAGUCUUGGUGAGGCACUUGUGAGUCGUUUGCGGUACCCGAUUGUUGAAAGUAUCGAUGCAGUCUCCGGGACCAAAUACAUUCGACAAGUUGUUGAUACCAAAAGUGGCCAUGGAGCCGGCAAGUUUGUCUCCCUACACCUUCGCUUUGACAAGGAUAUGGCUGCUCAUUCAGCAUGUGAUUUUGGUGGAGGAAAAGCCGAAAAGUUGGCUUUGGCUAAAUAUCGCCAAACCAUUUGGCAAGGAAGAGUCAUGAACUCCCGCUUCACAGACGAAGAGUUAAGAAACCAAGGAAGGUGCCCAUUGACACCCGAAGAAAUCGGAUUAUUACUUGCCGCUUUGGGUUUUGACAAUAACACCCGUUUAUAUCUCGCUUCACAUAAGGUGUACGGUGGAGAAGCUAGGAUCUCAGCCUUACGCCAACUCUUCCCAUACAUGGAAGACAAAAAGAGCCUCGCCUCGUCAGCAGAGCGGGCCCAAAUAAAAGGGAAAGCUUCUUUAUCGGCUGCUGUUGAUUACUAUGUUAGCAUGCGUAGUGAUAUCUUCAUCUCUGCUUCCCCUGGAAACAUGCACAAUGCAAUGGUGGGACAUAGAACAUACCUAAACUUGAAGACGAUAAGGCCAAACAUGGUGUUAUUGGGUCAGAUUUUCAUGAACAAGAGCAUGAGUUGGGUGGAUUUUCAAGAAGCGGUGGUGGAAGGGCAAAGAAAUAGGUCAGGGGAGAUAAAGGAACGAAAACCAAAACAAUCAAUAUACACGUAUCCUGUUCCUGAUUGUGUGUGUCAACAAUUGGGUGUGUAAUUUUGUUGUCGCACAUAUUAAUUGUUUAUGGGUUGUUGUGAUUACUUGAAAUAAGGCGUGUUAAUUGUUACUUGAGAGGUUUGGUGUUAUACUGUAUUCUUCCCACGUGAGUGUUGUAUGUUGAUAGGGUUUAGUGUUGUAUGUGUUUACUGGGGAUAUGAUACUGAUACGUAAGGUUAUACUGUAAUUUAAACGAUUGAGUUCUUAUGCUCAUGUUAUGUAUGUAUGUAUAAUAUUUAGUUGUAUACUACAAUGAAAAUUUUUGCUCAUGUAAUUUUUAUGUAUUGUCUUCUUCUGUCUUUAUGAAUUUCUUCUUUGAG